AAUAUACAUGAAAAGAUACAGGAAAAUAUGUGCGUGUUUUAGUUUACAUAUAUCACAUACAAAUAUGCACACAUAUAAGAGUUGCAAAUACGGCUUGAGGGACAAACUUGCUUUGCGUAUGUGCGUGUGUACAUGUGACUGAAUCUGAACUCUCUUCGCGAAAAAAGUGACCUUUUCACCGUUAAGAUUUCGAGAUCUCAAGAUUGACUGCACCGAUCUUAAUCAAACUGGUCGCAAAUUACGCGCGCAAUAAAAAUUAUACAUAUAAGAAAUACAUCGUUUAUACAUUAUUUUACUAUUUUAUAAUAUAUGAGAUAUUUUAAUCAAAAGCUUGAAUUACGUGAAAACUCCAGAUAAGCUUAUUGGUACAGUGUUGUGAUGGUAUAAACAGCCUUUAUAAUGAUAGUCACUAUUUUUAUGUAUUUGACGUCGCGGUAUUACCGUAUCGCAUGAUUAUCAUGUGAUGAUAUUUCUUUAGUUGAAUAGCAGAUUAUAGUUGCGUUAUCCAUAAAAUAUGAUAAAUACCAAUAAUAUUCAGCGCGAUAUAAAAUCUAGCUCAAAAAACUUGGACGAAGAUGGACUUGUAAAAUUAUUUAAAAACAUAUUUGGAGUAAAUUCUCAAAAUGAAUUUUCAAAUAAUUUCAAUGUCUGGACCGUAAAAAAGCAAUGCGACUGGAUAAUAAAAAACAUAGCAGAAUUCUUUCCAAACAUGCCGCAGUCUUUACAGAGCAUUAUUCCAGCUGCCUUUUGCCAAUUAAAUAAUGACCGAACCUUGAAAAAAUUACCUGAAUGGAUGGAUAUGGAUAAAUAUCGCAGGGGACAAAUAUUUGUCCAGAAAAAUUACACUGCGAUCGCCAUAUCGAAAAUAAUAGGGAUUAUGUAUAUUUAUACGUUUCAAGAAGAAUUGAAGCCAAUUAUUUUGGGAGCAUAUAGCCAUACGCCGUACUUAGCAUUCCAAAGGUACGUAUUGACUAUAAAACGAAUAUUCAGCUGGUAUAGUGGAGAUCCUUGGAUUAAAGGAACUAAAGCUUACACGGAUAUGCAAGUAGCACGUGGUAAGCAUUUGACGAUGAGGAAGAAGGUGUGUCAGAUGGAUCAUGAGCAAAUUACCGCUGCGUGCACAUUCGCAAAUCCAUGGUGUCUAGAUCGUGAAUUGCUUCUAAAGGAUUUCGCUGCGGUUUCUUCACCUGAAAAAUUUGGACAGCGUCAUACAAUUAUCAACAAAUCACCAUACAAACCAAAAGGUAUAAAUAACGCGGAUUUUUCACUUACUCAGAGCUGUUUUGUAGUUGUACCUUUGCUCUAUCCACAAAGUGUUGGAAUACACGACGCGACCGACGAAGACUUGGAGGCUUUUUGCCAUAUGUGGAAAUGUUAUGGAUAUUUUCUUGGAAUGGAAGAUGAGUACAACUUUUGCCGUGGCAGCCUCGAGGAAAUAAAACAACGCGUGAAUGACCUUUAUCAAUAUUGGGUAAUACCAAAUUUUAAGGAAUUGACACCAGAAUGGGAGCACAUAAUCAGGUGUCUUGUUGAGAGCAUGAACUAUUGGCCUGGAAAAUUUUAUAUGCCUUUUAAAGUAAUCGUAUUAUUGGCUACAGACACGUUAAAUCUAAAUAUGCCUAAUUUAUACGCGUCAUUUAAUUACACAGAGUGGAUCCUCUAUAAGUUCCACAAAUUUCUGUUCUACGCAUUUAAAUUUUCAACUAUAAAAGACAUUAUUAAUAGUAUGACACGCAAAAGCAUGAAUAAAGCAGCGAACUACAGUGCGGAGAAAUUAGAAGAAAUUCACGAAAAGUCGAAGAAAACAGUACCCGAUUUUUCUAUUACGUAUUAAUGGUUUGUUGUAUAAGUCGUGACAUCACCCGGAAAAAAAUCGGAAAUCAGCUUGCCUUAAUUUAGUAAUCGGCCUGAUUUCCGAACAGUUUGACACUUCAAAAUUUUGACACAUUAACCCCGAUGUAGAAAUUGACCUGAUUGCCAAAAACUCUGAGGUUGCACUGACGCUGCAACCUAUACAAUUGCCGAAGCACUAUAUACAUCUUGGGGAAAGGCAAUCAGGCAGUCAGGAAAACGGUCAGACAACGUCAGCUCAAAUGUUACAUAGGCUCAAUUGUAACGCGUGAUUCAACUCAUUUCUCCUCAAGAAGCAACAGACCCUUGUGCCAGACCGGAGCCAGGCACAACAGGUUGACAAAAAGUUGCCUAGUAAUUAUUAGAUAUAUAUUAUUAGUUACCAUAAAAAGUCCACUAUUUUACCGGACAACAAAAUUACCAUUCCGUGCUUUCUCACAUAUGGCAAAGAGAUUUAGUAGCGAUAUUCGCUAUUAACCCUCCGUAGUCACACCGGGUCAAUUUGACCCGAGCCUCAACUUUGCUCGUAAAUAUCUUGCGCGUAACUUGAAAAUUGGCGGGCAUGACGCCCUUUAGCUGUAGUUUAAAAAAAUUUUUUUUUUUUAACAAAUUUUUUGCGAAUUUUUUUUAUAUGUUAAAAAGUCCUGAGGCCCUUCGUUUUUAAUAGCAAUCAAUUUAGCAAUAUCGCAAGUGCAUUUGAGAAUUUUUUCAACACGAUCGGUGGAUAAAUGGUCAAAUGGCGAACGGUCAAAGUUCGUCUCGGGUCAAAAUAACCCAGAGUGACUUUCUUGUUUGAAAAAAUAGGUGUGACUACGGAGGGUUAAUCUCUUUCCCAUACGUAGGUAUAAGAGAGCACGGAAUGGUAAUUUUAUAAUUUGCUUCUCACGGAAAACUAUUAUAACUUUAUAGACAUUUUCGUGUUCUAAACUAUUUAUAAUAUGUUAAUAUUAAUUACUAACAUAUGUGACUAUGAAUAUGAAUAUUAAUAUUUUUAUUAUAACCAUCAAGAUGUUUCUUUCGAUUGGUAUAGCAGCACUAAGUGUCUUUUAUGUCACAUUUCUUUAUUAUAUGUUAUCUUUGUCUUCUUCUUUGAUAUACAUACUAUGGUCUUUAAAAAUUUUUUGUUUUAUUUUAAUAUCGAAUUAUUUUAUAGAUAAAAUAGUUCAAGUUUCAUAAAAUUGAAUCUUAUGAAAUAUUUCAAUAUGAAAUAUACACAUUCGAGUGUAUAUACGUACGCUCACGUACAGAUUUGAUGUCCGUGGUAUCGGGCUCAAUUUUUUUUUAAUCGAUAAUGUAUCAUUAAAGGAAGAUUAAUUGGAUGAGAAUCGGUGAAGGGGUUCCUUCACUUGUAGAUGAGAUAGAAUGGAGGGACAUAAGAGCACAGGAUAAUUUUAUUGUAAACGUUAAUGAAGAACAAGAAAAUAAUGUAGCUCUGUUGAAACGAAUCGAAAUUAUGAACAUUCUUCCGAUAUAAAAUUAUGUAGUAUAUAAGGUUAGUUAAACAUUAAGUAUUUUAGUUAUAAGCAAAGUUGCAAAGGUUUGUUAUAAAUAAAAGUAC